AUGACCUUAGAUCCUGAACAUAGCAGUCCAUGGCUACCAGCAAGUCGGAUGACGUGCGCCAGUGGUAAUGAUGUCGCGCAACAGAAACUAUCAAAUGUUUCUGACAAUUUGAUUGCAAACGAACAGCAAUCAUGCUGCUCUCAACGUUUAAACGUUAGCAGUAAAUGCAUGCAAAUGGAUAUUAAACAUUUGAUCAACAAAAAAGAGCAAGUUUCGAAUAUGGGAUCGUUGGUUUCCAAACAACUUCUUCAAAUGGAACAACAGCAAAAUCAGACAAAAUUCAAUAGUUCGCAACUAGCAGAGAACAUUUUGAAGGAAGAAACUCAAAUGGUUCCAGCUCUUUAUGAUAGUCACCACCAUCUUCAACAACAACAAGAAUCAGAUCUGGAAAAGAAGGGGCUAUCAGAUUUGAUGAAAUGUCAGUCGCAUUUGGAAUCCCAUAUUCCACCUCGGAUGGUAAAUUGUCAGGAAACAAUGGUUUCAAGAACGUUGAGGAUGAGCAUUGUAGAUGAACUUUGUAGCAAGAACAUUGAGGAAAACACAUUUAGGAAUGAAUAG